AAAUACAGUUAAAAAUUAAUUUAAGUGCUUUAACUAUAAAAUGUAACGAACAAUAUCAAUGAAUAAUCUUAAAUCUCUCAUGUUUAUCAAAAUGUUUAGUUAUCUGAAUUCUGAAUCCGAUAUUUGAAUGUAAUGCGUGUAGUGGCGCAUGGUUAAACUUGUAACUACAGCGGAAGCUGCACCUGGUGGAAGAAUUAAAAAUCUCUCUUAAUUCCUUCUAACCUCUUUUCUAUGCCAACACUGCCAAGAGCAACACACCAUCGUGAGUGAAAUUUUAGUCGGAAAUCAUAAAAGAUGGGUCGUAUGCAUGCACCUGGUAAGGGUAUAUCCCAGUCAGCUUUGCCAUACAGGAGGAGUGUGCCAAAUUGGCUGAAACUCUCUGUCGAAGACACCAAAGAGCUGAUCUACAAGCUCGCCAAGAAAGGACAUACGCCAUCUCAAAUUGGUGUCAUAUUGAGGGACAGCCAUGGCGUUGCACAAGUGCGUUUCCGCACUGGUAAUAAAAUCCUGCGUAUUGUCAAGAGCAUGGGUCUUGCUCCUGAUCUUCCAGAAGACCUUUACUAUUUAAUUAAAAAAGCAGUUGCCAUCCGCAAGCAUCUGGAAAGGAAUCGCAAGGAUAAGGAUUCCAAGUUCCGAUUAAUUCUGGUUGAAUCUAGAAUUCACCGAUUGGCUCGGUAUUAUAAGACAAAAGGAUCUCUUCCUCCAAACUGGAAGUACGAGAGCUCCACUGCUAGCGCACUUGUUGCUUAAUUUUUUUAACGGCAAUAAAAAAUAAUUUAAAACAA